AACAAAAUAUCAAGAAAACAUAAGAGGGGCCGGGACAGAGACUGAAGCAAACGUACAAUAAAGGUUUUGAUUGAGUAGUUGAAUUUUCGUCUAGCAGUUUCCUGCAAUUUCUGAGAAAAUGGGAACGGGUUCUUUUCCUACAAUAAAGGCCUCAAGGAGAUGACUGAUGAGAGAAAACUCAAAAGAGAAACAAAGUUAGAGAGAAAGAUAGAGUCAAAAUAGAGGUAGAAGAUGAAGUUGCAGGAGGGUCUGUUCUUGGUGGUUAUAUUCUGUCUUUCAUAUACACUUCUGGUCAAGGGGCAAACUCAACAUCAACCUCGCAAGGAUUGCCAAACUAAAUGUGGCAACGUCAAAAUAGAGUAUCCUUUUGGCAUUUCUUCAGGUUGUUACUAUCCAGGAAACGAAAGCUUCAGUAUCACCUGCAAGGAAGAUAGGCCACAUGUCUUACGCGGCCUUGAAGUGAAAAACUUUUAUCACCGCGGCCAGAUACAAGUUCUGCUUAAUGUAUCCUCUUCUUGCAGCAACGCCCAAGGAAAUGAAACUUUGGGCUACAGCGAUUUUACACUGGAUGAUUUAUCUCUCUCAGCCAACAAUAAGUUUACUGUAGUAGGCUGUAAUGUUUUAGGAAUUGUGAGCUCUUCUGAAAUGGAAGAUUAUUCAACUGGAUGCAUGUCAGUAUGCAAUGUUCCACCGCCAAAAAAUGGAAAAUGUGAUGGUGUAGGUUGCUGCAGAACAAACGUUUCUUUCCCCUUGGAUAGCUAUACAUUCGGAUUUUUUUCAGGUCGCAUACCAAACAUGACUUCCGUGGACAAGUUUAAUCCUUGCACCUACGCUUUCCUCGUCGAAGAUGAUGAGUUUAUCUUCAGUUCUUUAGAAGAUCUUAAGAAUCUGCGAAAUGAAACGCAGUUCCCUGUGUCACUAGAUUGGUCUAUUGGAAACAAGACAUGUGAGCAAGCUGGAAGCACAAGAAUAUGCGGUGGGAACAGCACAUGUUCUGAUUCUACUACUAGAGGCGGGUAUAUCUGCACAUGUAACCAAGGUUUUGAUGGGAAUCCAUACAUUUUAGACGGUUGCCGAGACAUCAAUGAGUGUACGACUAGUAACAGUAACCAUAAACAUAAUUGUUCGGAUCCCAACACCUGUAGAAACAGAGAUGGAGGCUUUGAUUGUAAGUGUCGCUCUGGUUACCGCUUAGAUACAACCACUAUGAGCUGCAAGCGUAAAAAUUUUGGAUGGGCUAUGAUUCUUCUUGUGACCACUAUCGUCUUCUUGGUCAUCCUUCUUGGCGUUAGUUUCAUACAACAUAAGCUGAGGCGCCGGAAAGACACAGAGCUGCGACAACAAUUCUUUGAGAAAAAUGGUGGUGGAAUGUUGAUACAGCGACUCUCAGGAGCAGGGCCAUCAAAUGCUGAUGUUAAAAUUUUUACUGAGGAAGGCAUGAAGGAAGCAACUAAUGGUUAUGAUGAAAGCAGAAUCCUGGGUCAGGGAGGCCAGGGGACAGUCUACAAAGGUAUAUUGCUAGAUAAUUCUGUAGUUGCUAUAAAGAAAGCUCGGCUAGGAGACCGUAGCCAAGUUGAGCAGUUCAUCAAUGAAGUGCUCGUGCUUUCACAAAUCAACCAUAGGAACGUGGUCAAGCUCUUGGGAUGUUGUCUAGAGACAGAAGUUCCCUUGCUGGUCUACGAGUUCAUUAACAGUGGCACUCUUUUCGAUCACUUACACGGUUCUCUGUUUGAUUCUUCUCUAACAUGGGAACACCGUCUGAGGAUAGCUGUAGAAGUCGCUGGAACUCUUGCUUAUCUUCACUCCUCUGCUUCUAUUCCAAUCAUCCACCGAGAUGUCAAGACUGCCAAUAUCCUCCUGGAUGAUAACUUGACUGCAAAAGUGGCUGACUUUGGUGCAUCAAGGUUGAUACCGAUGGACCAAGAGCAGCUCACAACAAUGGUGCAAGGAACUCUCGGCUAUUUAGACCCAGAAUACUACAACACAGGGCUUCUGAACGAGAAGAGCGAUGUUUACAGUUUUGGGGUAGUCCUCAUGGAACUUCUCUCAGGUCAAAAGGCAUUGUGCUUUGAACGGCUAGAGACCUCAAAACAUCUAGUGAGUUACUUUGUCUCUGCCAUGAAAGAGGAUAGGUUGCAUGAGAUUAUUGACGGCCAAGUGCUAAACGAGUAUAAUGAAAAGGAGAUCCAGGAAGCUACAAGAAUUGCUCUUGAGUGUACAAGACUUAUGGGAGAGGAAAGGCCAAAGAUGAAAGAAGUAGCUGCGGAGCUAGAGGCCUUGACAGUCAAAACAACCAAACAUAAGUGGUCGAAUCAGUAUACUGAGGAGAAUGAACAAUUGAUUGGUGGUCACAUCUUGUCUGCACAAGGCGAUACCAGUAGCACUGGCUAUGACAGCAUCAAGAAUGUAGCAAUAUUAGACAUUGAAGCUGGCCGCUGAUAAAAUCACAUGUAUCUCUUUUGUUUUUAAAUAAUGUUUAACUAUCUCUUUGUUCUUUUCUUUUUCUUUUUUUGUGCAAGAAUAUAUUUACGCUUGAGAUCAUAAAUAAUAUGUUCAUAACUCCUCUUCUUAA